GCAGAUAAUGAAUCAAAUUAUAAAACCUCGGAAGUUAAACACAACCUCUCCAAGCCUUCUCCUCGAUUGGACGGUUACAGAUUGUCCAUGGCCAACUUAGAAUCCAGUCAAGAUGUAGAACUUGAUGCAAUAUUAGGGGAACUUUGUGCUCUAGGGUCUCGCUUUGAUAGAGAAAUGUACAGAGGACAUGCCAGAAGUGUGUCAGGAGAUGGGGAUGGUUUGAGGUUAUCGGGAGCAAGUCCAGAAGUUCAGGGAGCUGCCCAACAAAUAUCUCAACUCUCUGGACGUGAUUCCCCACGUAAAACAAAAUAUGAUAUUGGAGGGCCUCAGGAAAAAGAUGAAGGAGGGCGUACCCAAAAACAUGAGAUCGGGCUUAGAACUGAUAGUCCGGAUAAUGAUUCGGCUUUCUCGGAUAACGUGUCCAUGCUGUCUUCAGAAUCAUCUGCCUCUUCAGGAGGUGGAGCAAACAGGAGUGACGUGUCUAGUCAGAAUGUAUAUGGACGGCUAAGUCAUGCACCACACACUCCACCGUCGUCCAAGGAUGACCAGGCUCGAAUGAAAUCUGAUAAAAUCAAACUUGCCAUGGAAAAAAUACAAGAAUCCGACACUAAAAAGAUAUUUAUCAGAGUCUACACAGAUGAUGGCUGUACGAAAAGCCUUUUGGUUGAUGAGAGAAUGAAUGUAGCACACGUAUGUCGACUGUUGGUCGAAAAAAAUCACACCAAGAUGGACCUUCACUGGGCAGUUGUUGAAUGCAAUUUUGAUCUACAAUUAGGUAAUUUCUGUUCUUUUUCUUUAGCAUCUCAUGCUAACAAGUCUCAGGACUAUCUCCUUGGCUGUAUGUCGUCGCAGAAAAGUACUGAAAUGGAUGAUGAAGGCAAAGCAACACUGGUUGAGGAAUUUUUUUCCGCAACUAGCAUAGCAGUUCCAGAAAUGGAGGGCAAUCUUUACUUAAAAAGUGAUGGAAAGAAGGCCUGGAAAAAAUACUUUUUUAUUCUUCGGUCUUCAGGCUUGUAUUAUAAUCCAAAAGGAAAGUCAAAGCUGUCGAAAGACUUGGUGUGUCUUGCUAGUUUUCAAAUAAACCACAUCUACCAAGGUUUUGGUUGGAGGAAGAAGUACAAGUCACCCACUGACUUUGGAUUUGCGAUAAAGUUUGGCCACCAACUGAAAGAAAACUAUGACAAUGUGUUAAGAGACAUUGAAGAAGAAGACCUGGAAUCAUUAGCUAAUGCUCGUAGUUUUUCUGUCAGUUCUAUGGCUAAAACGUUAUCCAUUGCCUCUGGUAGAGCAGCAGUACCUGACCAGCAGAGUGAUACCAUUGUCGAACAGAGGCGUGUCUCCCACUCGUCAGUAAGAAGUCGUGCAGAUUUUAGGUGUAGUCAAGGUUCUGAUGUGACAGCGAAGCGCUUGUCCUUUGAACGUAGUCUUCAAAGAAGUUCAGUCGUUCGACGAGACUCUAUCAAGUCUAGUGCCAGUAGCAGUAGUAGUGGCUGUUCUAGUGUGAGCACUCCUACGAAUGACCAGAUUGCAUUCGAAGCAGAUUUUCCUGUUGGGACCAUUAAACGUAAGCCUAACAUGGCACCUAAGAUCCCUCUUACCAGUACAACUCGUACAAUAGCGAAACAGUCUAUGUCCGAUGACUCUCAUAAUAAUGUUGUUCACUUAGAUACGGUACAAGAAAACAACAAUAACACCGAUGCCAGCAGUAGCACCCUGAGCCGAAAUGCGGCAACUCGGUUUAGUUUGCAACGCUCCCAUACAGAUGAUAAAAUUAUUGUGAAUGGUAUUGCGAAGACUUCUCACAGAAAACAUUCCAUUGAUUCUGGCACAUUGACGAGACAGAUGGAAGAACUUCAAGCAAUUGCUAACAGUAACGGUGUUGAAACCACGGCAACAGAUAGUUGUACAGUAACUCCUGUUAAUAGUGUUAGUAACAUUGAUGACCUUCCACUUCCUCCCCCACCUCCUGAACUUGAAAUUAGUGAGGACAUAUUACAGAGGGAUUUACUGCCACCCCCUCCACCAGAAGCUUUCAACAGUACCAUCGACUUGAACUUUUUACCUCCACCACCUCCAUCUGUUCAGUUAGAUGAUCAGUCUAAUUGGCCUAGCACUACUAGCUUAAAUUCCUUACCCCCUCCCCCACACGACAUUACAGAUAGCCCAAAUACGUCAAAAGUAAAUAAAGUAUUAGAUUGGCAUACCUACAUGAUAAAUCAAAGUGAAAUGAAGGCUUCACAGAAUGCCCCAGUUGUACCUCCAAAGCCUAAACAACAAAUCAGAGAACAAAGAUUAUUAGAAGAUGAUAGUCUAUCCAAGAUUUUUCUUCAAUCACUUGCGAGUAGAAAACCAAUUCAGAGUAAUACAUCACCUCGGUCAGUCCAAAAACCAGAACAGAAAAUCGAUUCUUUGGCAGUUAGAUGCUACGGAACUUCACCAAGGUCAGGAGUCCAACCACAGUCUCCAGAAAGUCCCAAGCAUGGAUUUAUAAAGAAAGGAAUAUCCUUUUCUCAAUCAUCUACUGAAAAGCCUCAUGGUGUUCGGUUUGCAGAGGCUUCAAGUACUUUCCCAUCACAAUUUCCAACUCCAGAUGCUAUUUUCCACGACCAAUCGCACAUUAUUUACCCAAAAUCAGAUCCUCCCAAAAGAAGUGAGGCUACUAAACUGGCACAUCGAACCCAUGCUGUGCAUAGGUCUUCUUCAACCAGCAGCCAUGGUGGACAAGAACACCAGCAGCUAAGUGGCAUUCCUCCUGAGAUUUUUCUUCAUGACCUUCAACAGGUUAUGGAGAAGAAGUGGAAGGUUGCCCAGCAACUAACCCUAGAUCUCACAGCAACACCACACCAAAUAAUGGGUUUCAGAGACCCAUGUUUCCUGCCUGCUGCAGACUCUAGUGCCACUCACACACCACCUCAUCCUCCUUCUGCAUCAGAACAGGCUGACCACCACUCUAAACAACACCAUCAUAAUCACUCAAAAAAAUCAACAGGUAGGCAUUCAAAACAACCCCCCUUAACGAAAAAGAUUCCCCCUCCCCCUCCUCCUAGAAGAAGCGAAAACACGCAUCUUUCAGGGAGGCAAUAGUAAUUGAACUACUUACUUGAGUGGAUGUAGUUAUUUACAAAAUAUAAAGUUGUAAACAUCCUAAGGAUUGGUUUAAAAGGAAAGCACUACUGUAAGGUGAGACUUCUAGAUGGUGCUAUACCAAUUACCACAAGUUGUUUUAUGCUAUUAGUUUCUGGAAAAAGUCUGAGAAAAUUUAAAAACAAAAUCCCCAUUGUUACAUUUGCCCCCAAGAAGUCUUAUGAUAAAGAUGUUUCUAAGCAAUGUUGGAGAGAUGUUUGGAAAGUAUUAAAAAAUGAGUAAUUUCUGACUGUUACGAAUGGCUUAUUUUAAGCAGUUCAGACUCUUAUCUUGUGAAUAUGACUGUUGUUUGAAUUAGAAUACCUGUUUUUUUUAUAUUUCUGUGUUAAUAUAAAGUAUUUGUCUUGAAUAAUGGCAUGCGGAGAUUAGGUAAGUUGCUUUAAGUUGGAUAUGCUUUGAUUGUUUACGAGUAUGCUAAUGAUAAGAAUAUUUAUUAACUGUCAAAGUCCCACUGUAGUUAAUGUACUUAUUUAUCAAUUUAUAUAUGUUUUCAAUAACCAAAGAAAUAAUACAGAAUCUAAUAUUUUCUUCCGUUAAGAAGCUACAGUGACCUCGAACUUGCUUACUUAAGACAGGUUUGGUUUCUGAUAAUUGGCUUAAAAAAUCACAGUGUUUAUACUUUAAAACCUUGGUAAUAUUGUAGAAUUUCCAUAAAUGUUUAAAUUAUUGUGAGUUUUCAAAAUGUUCUUUUUUUUUACUUUCAGAUUUGUAAUUGCAACUUACUAAUUUAAUUAAUUUUUAUGGAUGCUCAAUAUUGAGUUUUUUGAAUUUUGGUGCUUAGUGUGUAUAGUUUUCUCAGCGUUUAACCUUUUACCAGUAUAAUAUGCUCCAACAAUUAUGUUACGUCAUAGUG